AUGCAGUACGUCGUGGUGGUGCCAUUCCCACUCGCGAGCCGAUUUAACCACGCUCUUCCUCGCUGCUUGUCUCUGAUUGUCCAAAAAGGUCUGCUCAUGGGGGCGGGCAAAAGCAAGCCGAAGGAGCCGGGGCAGAGGUCCAUGAGUCUGGACGGCACCAUCGGCACCGGCUCGGACAGCGGACAUUUCCACCACCUGGGCCCAGCCAAGCAGACGCAGACCCCCAACCGGAGCCCUGCGGUGGGUACGGGCCGGCGGGGACACCAGGGGCAAAACCAGCAUGUUCCCACCAACACCCCGGAACUUGCCCUGUUCGGAGGAGUGGACCACACAGGCACCAUCACCUCACCACACCGGGGGCCACUGGCAGGAGGCGUGACUACUUUUGUGGCUCUGUACGACUACGAAUCUCGCACGGCCUCCGAUCUGACGUUCAGGAAGGGCGACAGGCUGCAAAUUGUCAACAACACGAAAAAGUACUGCUUCAGAGAAGGCGACUGGUGGCUGGCCCGCUCCCUCACCUCUGGACAGAGUGGAUACAUCCCCAGCAACUACGUAGCUCCAUCUGACUCCAUACAAGCAGAAGAGUGGUACUUUGGGAAGAUCACUCGACGGGACUCGGAAAGACUGCUCCUGAACCUGCAGAACAGAAGAGGGACUUUUCUGGUCCGGGAGAGCGAGACCACCAAAGGAGCGUACUGUCUCUCCGUGCUGGACUACGACAACACCAAAGGCCUCAAUGUCAAACACUAUAAGAUCAGGAAGCUGGACAGCGGGGGCUUUUACAUCACCUCCCGCACACAGUUCUCCAGCCUGCAGCAGCUCGUCUUCCACUAUCGCAAGCACUCUGACGGCCUGUGCCACGCCCUCACAGAUGUGUGCCCUGUGUCCAAACCCCAGACCCAGGGCCUGGCCCGGGACGCCUGGGAGAUCCCCCGAGAGUCCCUCCGGCUGGACCUCAAGCUGGGGCAGGGCUGUUUUGGAGAGGUCUGGAUGGGUACCUGGAAUGGAACGACGCGGGUGGCCAUAAAGACCCUGAAGCCGGGAACCAUGUCCCCUGAAGCGUUCCUGCAGGAGGCACAGGUCAUGAAGAAGCUGCGGCACGAGAAGUUAGUGCAGCUGUACGCUGUGGUGUCAGAAGAACCCAUCUACAUCGUCACAGAGUUCAUGAGCCAAGGCAGCUUAUUAGACUUCCUCAAAGGGGAUGCUGGGAAAAUGCUCCGUCUGCCUCAGUUAGUCGACAUGGCAGCUCAGAUUGCCGCCGGAAUGGCCUACGUGGAGCGGAUGAACUAUGUGCACCGAGACCUGCGUGCCGCCAACAUCCUGGUGGGGGACAGCCUGGUGUGUAAGGUGGCCGACUUUGGCCUGGCCCGGCUCAUCGAGGACAACGAGUACACCGCCAGGCAGGGAGCAAAGUUCCCGAUUAAGUGGACCGCACCCGAGGCCGCUCUUUAUGGCCGUUUCACCAUAAAGUCCGAUGUGUGGUCAUUCGGAGUGCUCCUGACUGAACUGGCAACGAAAGGCAGAGUUCCAUAUCCAGGCAUGGUGAACCGCGAGGUGCUGGACCAAGUGGAGAGGGGCUACCGCAUGCCCUGCCCGUCGGAGUGCCCCAGCUCUCUGCACGAGCUCAUGCUUUCCUGCUGGAGGAAGGACCCGGAGGAAAGACCCACCUUCGAGUACCUACAGGGCUUCCUAGAGGACUACUUCACCUCCACCGAGCCUCAGUACCAGCCGGGGGAGAACCUAUAG